UCAUAUAGUUUCAUAUAGUUUAUGGUUAAGUCGGCCUAAACCAAAGAAUAUUCUACUACUCUUUGGUAUAAAUUACGUCUGCACCAGUUACCUCUUUUCUUUAAAUCCGCCGCACCCGAGAUUGUUUGUACGUAUAUUUCGGCUGAUCGAACAUGUACAUCUUCACAAAUUAUUAAGAAAUGUAAGAAGUGUUUAUUCACAUGUAGUUAUAAAAUAAAUAAGAAUAGUUAUUGGGAACUGUUUUGAUUUGUAUUCAAGAGAAAAUCACUUUUUUUUUUGCGCAAUAUUGGUGUGCGUGUCAAAUUUCGCCAACUAUUUCCGGAAUAGAAUUUAGCCGAAAGAUAAAAGGUGACGUUUGCUAGUAGGAACUAUUUUUGAGGCGUAUUGUAUGCUUUUUUCACCUCUAAAGAACAACCUGCAUUCAUAACCCACAUAAAGGAAAAUAUUACACCUUGCAUUUUUUUGUGGUUAUAUUAGUCUAUUACAUCGUAAUAGAUAUUAACAUCCUGGCUAAAGAAUUGUCUUAGGCAAUCGAUUAAGGCAUUCUCCGCGGAGAAGAUGGGCCUGACAAUAAGCAGUUUACUUACCCGAUUAUUCGGUAAAAAACAAAUGAGAAUAUUAAUGGUAGGCUUGGAUGCAGCUGGCAAAACCACUAUUUUAUAUAAGCUCAAACUUGGGGAAAUCGUAACAACUAUACCAACAAUUGGAUUUAAUGUCGAAACAGUAGAAUAUAGAAACAUCUGUUUCACCGUUUGGGAUGUUGGUGGACAAGACAAGAUUCGACCACUUUGGAGGCACUAUUUCCAAAAUACGCAAGGUCUGAUAUAUGUGGUAGAUAGCAAUGAUCGUGAACGUAUUGGAGAAGCCGAACGUGAAUUAGCAAACAUGUUGAAAGAAGAUGAACUCCGAGAUGCUGUACUUUUGGUCUUUGCAAAUAAACAAGACUUACCGAAUGCUAUGUCUGCUGCUGAGCUUACAGAUAAACUGGGCCUUAAUUCACUUCGUGGACGACAUUGGUAUAUUCAAAGCACCUGUGCCACGCAAGGCCAUGGAUUAUAUGAAGGACUUGAUUGGCUAAGUAAUGAAUUGGCUAAAAAGUGAUAGCAUGUUGUAUGUUCAAUUGUGUCACCACAGACAAUAUCCUCAUUCAACAUCAAUGUAGAACACAAUUUAUGGUUUCUUAUUUCAUAAGAUUACAUUUAUGUAUAAUUAUGGUUCUAUUAAUACGGUACUAUGUACUUUUCAAAAACCAUUGUGAAUGCAAUUGAACUAAAAGGAGGACAUUGUGAGACAAUUAGAAACUUACUGAAUCAUUUAAUAUUUUCCUCUCAAAAUGAAACUUAUCUUGCUGAUCAAUAUAUAAAAAUAAUAAAUUUGUUGAUAUACAAUGUGUCUGCGAGCAAUUAAAUAGACACCUAAUAAAUCACAUAUAAUAUUUGUUAAAUUCAUAUUUAUACUUUACAUUAUUUCGAUUAUAUUAUCAUAUUAAAUAAAAGAUUUGUAUCUGGUUUCUUUUUGAUAUUACACUCAUGAGUAAAUCACACUACUGUAAUGAAAAGGUUUCCAAAAUUUUUAUAGAAAUCUAUAUUCUGUAUGUAGAAUUAUAUUUUAUUAUUACUGUUUGUUCAAAAUGUUGUAUAUAAUACACAACAUAAAUCACUUAUGAAUUCACAUUUUGCUUUUUGAUAAUUAAAAAUAUUAAAUAAAUGAUGUUAAUACAUAUUAGUUUUAAAUAUGCAUAUAUGAAUAAUGAAAGAAUAUUUAGAAUUUAUAAAUUCAUUCCUUCUUUUUAAAAAUCUAAUGUUUAUAUUAUAAGGAAUAUGCUUGUAAAUGAAUAAUAAAUAUGAAAAAAAUAUUGUAAACCAUAGCUCACAAAUUUAUUUUGCUUUUAUAUUUAAUGGAUAUGACAACUUUCCCUAUUACAUGCAUUAAUUAUUAAAAGAGAAAUGCCUCAAAACUGAGAUUUUGUAAACUAACUGAAUGUAUAACUUUAUUAUUGUACAAAACAGUACAUCGGACAUACAAAUACUGUGUAUAAUAUAAUACAUCACACUUUGUUUAGUAUGUGGCAUAUUAUACUUUGUAAAGCUCUAUUCUGUGUCUAUUCCAUAAAGUAAAUAAUUUACAAAAGAAAAA